CCUUCUGCUCCCAAAGAUACAUAUUAGAAAUCCACCUAAGUGAACUUGGCGCCUUUUCUCUUCCUAGCAACUUUCACUUGGUUGACUUUGAAAAGAAGAAAUUUUUAGCGAGAAACUUAUGAAGACUGCCCUUGUAGAGGGUCCAGAACCUCAAACACUUGCACUGACAACAGAAAAUUCACUUGAUAGGUCUUUGUUGUUUGGAAACAGUCCCAGUGCAUACAAAGAGAAGAAAAGUAGUGUAAAAAGCUCGCUAAAGUUGAGGACACAGCAAGACGAAGAGAGCUGUAACGAGGACUUGGACUGGACUACAGAAUUUCCAUACACUCAUCCUGCAGGUUUUGAAGAUGAAGAACGGCAUUCCUAUUUGAGAUCCAUUGACCUGAGCCAACUUGUUAGAAAACAUAGUCGUCAAUCUCGCAUUGAUGACUAUAUAGAGAAAUAUGAGUUCACACCUAAUUCCUAUAGAGCAUCGACUGGAGCAGAUAUCAACGAUGAUGGAAACGAUUCGGAAGACUCCUCGAGAAAUUCACGGUCUAAGAAAAAAUCAAGUCUGAGCAAAAGUGUCUUAAGCUCAAAUACUCGGCGAAGGAAAAAGAAAACACUGAAAAACUCAUUUGACACCAUAUUUUCUCCCAUUUACACUUUCUUCCAAAAGCCCAAGACACCAACAACUCCUCCUGCCCAUGAACAUGAAGAGGAGCCAAUGAUAUCGACAACAAACAUUGAAGAGUACGAGAGCGAUAAUUCUUUAACUGUCACUCCUAUGGUUUUGGACGAUCCUGAACAACCAGAAGACAUGAAUCAUAUGAAUAUGGAACAUUGUGAUGCUGCAAAUUUGGAACAGGAUCCAUCUGAGAGACCUUUUCUAGUGGAAGACAUGGAACCAUAUGAAUUCAUUGCAGCCUUGCCCAAUGCCAAUGACAUUUGUAAUUUUCCUUCACUUUGUGUUCCAUCGAAGAAUCCAAGUGACCCACAGAUCACUUUAGUUUUGGACUUGGAUGAAACUCUCGUUCAUUGCUCUACAGAUCCUUGUCAAAGUGCCGACUUGAUCUUUCCUGUAUACUUUGGAGGAACAGAGUAUCUCGUCUAUGCCAAGAAACGUCCUUUUUUAGACUAUUUUCUCAGUGAAAUCAGAAAAUAUUUUGAAGUCAUUGUUUUUACUGCCUCACAGCAGGCAUAUGCAGAUACUAUACUAAAUUUAUUGGAUCCAGAAGGAAGCUAUUUCAGACAUCGGGCUUUCCGAGAUAGUUGUGUGUUUAUUGAAGGCAAUUUUUUGAAGGAUUUGAGAGUCCUGGGUAGAGAUCUGAGCAAGUGUGUUAUCCUCGACAAUUCUCCUCAAGCAUUUGGUUUACAAGUUGAAAAUGGUAUCCCCAUAACUACGUGGGUUGAUGAUAGUGAAGAUAGAGAACUCCUGGAUCUCUUACCGUUUUUGAAGCAACUAUCGAAUUGUGAGGAUGUUCGUCCAUUCUUGAGUAAGCGGUUCCAUCUUGCAGAUCUUGUGGCACACUGUCGCAACGUAAUGUACAUGGAUUCAACUGAUAGAUUCCACUUUGACGAUGAGAAAGAUAUAUUUGUAACGGUAUCUUAAUGUGCUAUUUUUCGCUCCUAUGCCGAAUGAGAAAAAUUGUUGAAGAAUUGCCUCUACCAGUGUUUUGUUUCUGCCUUUUUGUACCUGAAUGAUGCCUCUUUUUUGAGAGUCAACAACAUUGAACGGCUAUAUACAUCGAAACCAAUAAAACUAUCAAGAGCUAUAUUAAUUUUUAUUUAUUAUGAAGGGCUUUAUAUAUAUAUAUAUGUUUCAUCUAUUUCCGUAUUAUAGAUAUUCUGAAACUUUGAUUGAUUCCACGGUAAUUAUUCUCUCAAUUGUGGUAGAGAUUUUCUACACUUGAAAUGGAACAGAAAAGGAGAAUGGUAGAAAUGUCCAGCUCUAAUCCGUUCAUGC